AUGCGUCCCGUCAUUGUUCUAUCGAUGAUCCUUCCGCUCGUACUGGCGCACACAUCAGGGAUGGACCGGCGCACCAGGCAUCCGGAUGCCAAGAGGCAGCUCCUAGGUGGCGGCGAGGAAGACCCAGAUACAGCUUCGACAUCAUCCUUUGCGGUCGUUGCUCCUCCUCGGUCUACCACGCCUCCCGUUGUCGCCACGUCAACGCCGGUUGGGACGACGGCCCGCCCUACAUCCUCCAGGAGUAGCGUGCUGCCAACUAGCGUAAUCGGGACGAGUAGUGCGGUGUCGCCUACUGGGGCGGCGGUAUCAGGGUCGGGGUCGUUGAGUGGGAGUGCGUCAGCGUCGAGCGUGUCUGGGUCGCUGAGCGGCUCAAUGUCUGCGAGUGCAAACGCAACAUCAUCCGCCUCGUCCUCCGCAGCUGCCGCUUCUUCAUCCGCCUCAUCAUCCAUGUCCGUGUCUCAAAUCCUCCACACGUCGGUAGACGAAGGCGGCCGCGUCGUCAUCGUCACGCAAUAUUACACUCCCUCCGCCUCCCCCGUCUCGUCCGCCGCAGCCGCAGCUUCCUCUUCCUCCCCACCCACGACCGACGCCCCCGCGCUGUCCAUCCCCGCCAUCAUCGGUAUCUCGGUCGCUGUCGGUGUGGUCAUUCUCGGCCUGAUCGGAUGUGCUGUGUGGCGGAUGAAGAGGCGCGGGAGCGAUGAGGACGAGGCGAUCCGAUGGCCGGAACUCAAUAGGCACGGCGAUAGCGAUACGCAUCACGCCCUUCCUGCUCGCGCUACAGGCAAACACGGGAUCGAGACCGAUGCUCUCGAACGUUCCCUCUCCAACUCGUCCGAUGUCUACAUGUCCCAAACACACCACGCCCGACCCCCAUCCAUGCCCAUGGCGCUCAACGGCUCCAACUUCGGCGCGACCUCUGCCCUCGACUACGACUACGCCGAGAAGGACCUCACGCCCAAUCCGUCCCCGCCCGUCACUCACGCCGUGGGGUACGACUAUGGCUACCCCGCAUAUCCGGUUCAUCCCGCUGGCGUGCAUGGUGUUGCGGAUGGGUAUGAGCACGAGGACUAUGCGAACCUUCCACCUCCGAUGGGGACGCAGUCAAACACUACUCCUGCGGGAUUGUAUGAGAGCGAUUCGGAGGGAGAUCAUUUGGGUGCAGGGGGUGCGAAAGUAGGGGCCGGGGCGCCGCCGGUUUAUAGGGGCUAG